AUGGAUGCGUCCUCGCUUCUACUCUCACUCCCUUCCUCCAUCAGCGGGGCCGUCGAUUUCGGGCAACGUUUCCAUUAUGCCCGAGAAUUUCAAUUGGAGUCCAGCGACGCCGCCACGCAGCUGCGAUUUCUGACCAGACAGCUCGACAACUGGAGACGAUGCGUCGGCAUAACGGAUGGCGAUGAGCUGCAAGAUGUGCAUGAUGAAGCGCUGGACGACUCGGAGAUACUUGAGCUCGUGGGGGACGAUUUGGACAGCAUCAGAAAACAUACCCAAAAUUUGAAGAAACGGCUGUCGAAGUUGGGAGUUGAAAGGUCGCCGGGGCCCAGAGCCUCGGUGAAACCCGGGAGCCAGCUGCUACUGAAACGCGAUGCUGGGAGACCGAAGUCGCCGAUACCUUCUCUGAAGGGGGUUUCGUGGGGAUACGGCCGAGAUAAGCUGGUGUGGGGUGAGCUCGAUCGCGUAGCACAGGCCGUUGGGCAUCUCUACGAGCUCAUCCCGCCCAAAGUAUCGCCACCAGAAGAUGAUGCGGAGAAGAAGAAAGCAGAAGACCGUAGAGCUCAGACCCGUGAAAUUUUGGAGUGGCUCCGAGCCCCACAAAUCGACCAGCAGUACGACACGCACAUCAACGCCCGGCUUGACGGAACCUGUGGCUGGAUUUUUGAUCAUGAGGCCUACAAAACGUGGACCUCUGAGCUCGACAAAGUCGGUAUGCCCAAGCUCCUGUGGAUACAUGGACCCGCUGGAACGGGCAAAACGGUUCUGAGCGCUGCUAUCAUUCGAGAAAGAACAGAAGCAUUAAAAUCAGGACAGUCUAUCCUCUACUGCUUCUGUUCCUCAUUCGCUCAAGCCAAUGCCAAAUUCGAGGACGUUAUCCGAAUUUGGAUAUGGCAGCUCAUACACCAAGAUCCCUCAGCUGUCGAGUCCAUCUGGAAUGAGUAUAUGAACUCUUCCAACAUCGAGAGAGGAACAGUCGCCAGUCAGACAGAAGUUUGGAAGAUCUGGAAGGAUUUGCUUUCCAAGCGUGUGGGAUGCGCUGUUGUCAUUGACGGAUUCGACGAAUUCGAUCGGACCUACCGCGUAGAGUCCAAGUUUCUCCAAAAGAUCAAGCAAGUGGCAGCCCAGACAAAGGCGAAUAUCCUCAUUACCAGCCGGAACGAAGAGGAUAUACAGCAUGCAUUGUCGUCCGGUUCACAAGAUACCUCGGAGAUCUUGAUGCUUGAAUGUCUUGUAUCAAAGGAGCUUGUGAGAGGAGACCUGGAUUUAUUGGCCUCGAAGGUAAUCAAUGAUGUACUCCAUAGCAAAUCCGACGAGGUGAGGAAAGAUCUUGCUUCGAGGCUUGCUGUGCGAAGCGACGGCAUGUUUCUCUGGAUCAAACAACAGAAUAUGGGCCAACUCCGACCGGGAAAACCCUUGAAACAGCUGCAGCAGAUGGUUGACAGAAUGCCUAGCGGGCUCAAAGAGACUUACAGAAAGAUCUGGGAUGAGAUCGAAAGGAGGGAGCGUGUGGAUAAGGAGAGAACCUUGGGCAUUUUACGGUUGAUCGCCUUUGCCUUUCGUCCCCUUACGGUGGCCGAAAUCACCGAAGCCCUUUUGGUGAAGCCGGGCUACGACGACAUCAACCUUGAUGAAUGGCCGGAUGCUAUUGAUGAAGAGUAUAUCAAGAGCGAGAUCAAAGGCUUAUGCGGAUCGCUUAUCGAUAUCCGUUCACCUGGCGGAAGCGAUGUGCCUGGCUCAAAGACACUACAUCUUGCGCAUGUAUCAGUCAAAGAGUUUCUGGUGGAAGAACUAUGCACGAGAACAGCGAAGGAAGAUUCUGAAGUGAAGAAGCUCAAGGAGCAUCAUACGGAACUCGCCAAAGUCUGCCUUCGCAUUCCGUGGAUGGAGAGCUUCAAGGAUUGA